GGUGAAGAAGCUUCGUGAUGGACCUGCACAAAGCAGUGUUGCUCCUGGGAGCCGUGAUCUGCAGCGGUGAGACACGAAAACAAAACGCAAAUGUGCUUCAUUGUUACAUCACAUGAAGAGUUGUGGUCCUUUCUGUCCAGCACAGGUCGUUGGGCACUUUACACGCAACCGCUGAACGUAACAUCAACUGCUAAAUGCUACUGUAAAGACAGUAGACAAUUUGCUUCAUUUGAUGUGACUUUGAACUCUGUACAAUGAGUUACAUGUUUCCAGGUUCAUCACAUUCCUUGUUUCCUUGUUUAUAAAGUUAAAAUAAGUUAUUGCUGUUAAUUCUGUAUGCCAUGCGUAUGUACAUGUGUUUUCAGGUAAAGAUCCAUAGACGUGGUAAUUGUGUUAUGAUUUCAGGUAAGUCAAUAUUAGCCAUUCCUAAUUUCUUUAUUUUUAUUUUCUUUAUUUUUACUUUCAUGUGUUUUACAGUAUGUUACUAGAUACUGAUGAGACAAUUUAUUAUAUAAUACCAUUUAAAUCAUUGCAGCAUCUUACAGUAACUCCAUCUGAGACUUGAAUAGUCACAUGUAUUUGAUUUUCAUUGUUUGUGCCUUCUUAACUUUGAUAUUGAUGUAAAUGUCAGAAUAAUAGUUACACGUUUAUUGUGUUAUUGUGUGGUGGAACCUAGUCAAGUCCAAACUAUGGUUGAUUUGAAAUAGGACCGUUUGAUUAAAAAAACUGUCUCCCUUGAGUAGCUGACACGCGUCUAUAUAAACGUUAAUCUAUUUCAGGUUCCGCACUUUAGCAGAAAUAAAAAGUAAAAGUGGUCUGACAUAAAGGUGGACUAUGUUCAUUAAACCUCUUAAUAUAACUGUAGCAGGUGUCGUCACGUGGUGCGUGACGUGGCGCCUCCCUGAUUGGGAGGGAGGGGAUCACAGCUUGCAGGUGUUCUGUUCUCCGUGCUGCUGGUUGGACGCUGGUUUCAGUCGGCGCGUGAGUGCGAGCUGCACGCGCUGAGGGAUUGAUGGAUGUGAGCGCGAGCAGUCCUGUGGUUUUUAUGUUGUGGUGUCGCUGGAGCUCGGAGCGGCCACGCGCUCAGUGGGGGGCGUCCAGGGGAGAGGGGUUUAAAGUAAAAUAUUAAAAUUGGGAAAUGUAUUAAGGUCUGAAUCAAACGUUUUGCUUAUUGGGUGUUGCAGGGACCUCUAUCGCUGUUUCCUGCUGUCCGUUUGGGUUCAUUUAAGGUUUUUUCUUAGUUCGCUCGGCCUGUUGUCAUAUGCGGGAGCUUUUGCGGGGCCUUAUUGGGAUUAUUAGCAUGACGCUGUGUGCGGUGUUCUACUGGUCUGAGGCAGGAAGAGACAAAGAUUAGAGGGACUGGAUACUCAUUACAGCCGUAAAAAUAAAGCAGAUCUCAAUGUAUUUAAAUGAAGGCAGUAUUACUGUAAGUUCUGAUCAAAGCUAUUUCCUCUAAUAAUCACGUUUUGGACACAUUUACUGGUUUAACUGGUCUUUAACGCUUUAAAGAGAAUUACGAUGUUUAUUUCGGUCGUUUAAACAAAAUCUAAAAGUCGUGAAGUCGUGGCCCCUAAAAAACGUGUAGCGGAUCAUAUUUACAAGUUAUGGCCUUUUGAAAUAAGCAGCUGUCGUCCACACACACCGAGAUGGACGUCUUAACGAGGCGGCGCGCGCUCCCGCGUGCGGACGUGGUUUUCUGGCAGACGGUCCCUUUUUGGCCCGACGCCUGCCGACGUUUCCAGCUUCACCACUGGGUGUCGCCAACGGACCAAUAGCUGUAGAAAAGUACUUAAGGCAGUGAGGGAGCCUCAGUGAUGCGCUUAAGAAUUAUGGACCUUAAAAAACCAAAGAAUGCAACUGUAGCGCUACAGUUUAUAGCGCAGACAACUCAAAUCUCACUGAGCAGCAACUGUUUGUGUUGUGGAGAAAAUGAAGAGAGCUGGAGACAGGUUCAAGCAACAUGCUGAGCUACUGUAUGUUAGUUGUGUUUAACUCCUUCAGGUUUAAUGUCAGAUCUAGGAGAACUACUGUCGUAACGCUGGCAAUUUGAAGGCGCUUCGUGGUGUUUCACCACUGACCCUGAAACUGCCUGGGAGUUCUGCAGUGUGCCGAGCUGUGGGAGUUCACCUGCACCAGGUGCAACAUCAGUAAGUGAUGAUCAGUCAGUGAGCCAGUGCUGUGGGUGCUUGUUACUUGACAGAGGAGUGUAUGAAGGGUUACACCUGCCAACGCUGGGACUCCAUGGAACCGCACCAUCAUGACUACCUCCAAACUUUGGCCAAAUGAUGAUCUUGUAGAGAACUACUGCAGACCCUGGUAGCGAGGUCCUACCCUGGUGCUACACCACCAACUCAUCAGUACGAUGGGACUACUGUUACAUUCCUCUCUGCACAUCUGAGCCUCCCACCAUCGUACCAGAGCUGAACGGUAUCACCAGUGACGGCAAAGCGUACAGAGGCACCAUUUCAGUGACAGAAUUUGGAACAACAUGCCAGCGUUGGACGUCUCAGGAGCCCCACCAACACCAAUAUGCUCCAGUUUGGCUCAGUGGUUAGCGCAUUGCACUCCUGUCGCCCAGGUCGCGGGUUCUACUCAGAGAGGGGUUGCGUCAGGAAAGGCAUCCAAAGUGAAAACUUGCCAAUCAUUCACUGUGGCGACCCUCGAUGGGAUAAGCCGCAAGGAAUAAAUAGUUCAUUAUAGUUAAAGACGUAACCUCAACACUGAGGUUGCAUCAUCAGGACCCACAGAGUAGAGUUACAGAAUAAAGAUAAGCAACAAGGCCUUGAAGAGAAGUACUGUCGUAACCCUGAUGAAGGAUUGGUUCCGUGGUGUUACACCACUGACAACACGACACGCUGGGAGUACUGCAGAGUGCCAGCAUGUCAAACAGCUUCUAAAACAGAGGAGUGCAUGCGCUGCAAUGGUGAUGAUUACAGAGGAACAAUCGCGACCACAGAGAACGGCUUCACCUGCCAACGCUGGAACUUCCAGGACCCACACGACCAUGACUACAUGCCCAAUGAUCAUCUGGACAAACACCUUGAAAAAAACUACUGCAGAAACCCCAACGCGGAUGUUCGACCUUGGUGCUUCACCACCAACCCUGAAACGAUGGGACUACUGUUCUAUUCCUCGCUGCAGUAAGUCCACAUAUAUUAAUGACAUAUAUUGGUACAGUAAAGACAUAAGUGUUUGGAAAUCCAAAAAAAGAAUUGUCAUAAAUGUUUUCUGUAAUAACUACUAGUAACUAUCUAACCUAGUAACCACACAACAGAGAACUACCCCUGCAAGUAAGAGCCCCUGCUUGUCUUCUGACUGACAGCUAUAGGUGACCAGUGUGAAUCCAAGCACACAGUCUGUGGGUUAGUCUGUGUUUAUCUUUUUAGAGCCCUAGAAAACAACUACUGUCGUAACCCUGACAACAAGAGAUCCCCCUGGUGUUACACCACUGACCCUGACAUCCGCUGGCAGUUCUGUCGUGUGCCGAGCUGUGCAACUGCAUCCCACACUGCCCUGUUGACGCUUGUGUGUCUUCUGCACCAUGUUCCAAUCCUGAUGAAGUCUUCCUCAUUGUUAGUCAGGAUCCCAACCUCCCAAUGAAUUUGCACGAUCCAAAUUCAUCAGAGCUUCUUCCCUUGGAACCUGUUCAGAUCAGACAGGCCCACCCAGCUCCUGAGGAACAUACACUGCAGCUCAAGCAGAACCUGUUCCCUUGUUGCAGUGGAGAAGGAGUGUAUGCGCUGCAACGGUGACGACUACAGAGGAAAAAUCUCCAUCACUGACAACAGCCUCACCUGCCAACACUGGGACUCCCAGACACCUCAUAAGCAUGACUACACCCCCAGCGCUCAUCUAAACAAGCAUCUUGAAGAAAACUACUGUCGUAAUCCAGAUGGAGACCUCAGCGUCCAAGAGUGCGCCUCUUGCCGCAGAGCGCAGUCCGCCAGCUUCUGCAGCGCGUCAUGGGUCUUCUCCUCCUGCUCGCUGAGUCGCUGUCCCUGGGCGAGCAGCGCGGCACGGAGGGUCUCUACGCUGGCUGGGUCCAUGUCUGGCCAGAUCGUUCUGUCAGGUUUUGGCAGAGCUUGGACCCACAUGCACAGCACGGACACCACAGGCAGAACGUAGGGUUAAACGGUUUAUUCAGAAUUACAGACAAUCCGGGUAAUGCACAGUCUAUCACAGGGCUUCGGUACCGGUGGGGCAGGCUGGUUCGGAUCCGGGGCAGGCAGAGGUUCGGUAACAGAAAAGCGCAGUUUUACGGUACCGUGAGGGAGCAGGCUGUCUCUUAGUCGGGCGGUCAGGUUCGUUAUCCAAGAACAAUCCAGGCAGUAGAACAGAUCAGGGAGUCGGCAGGAAUCAGGAGUCAGAAACGGAACAGGGUCACGGCACAUGAACAGAGUAACUAAUUGCUGGAAAGUGUAGUCUGGCUUACAACGAUCUGGCAAGUUGUUCUGGGCUGAGGGUGCUUAAAAAUGCUGAGGAUAAUUACUGAUAUGGAACAGGUGAGGCUAAUGACGACCGGAAGUAAAGCUGAACUAAGGUGAGGUGGCAGGAAACCAGAAGUAUAAUGCAGUAAAGCAGGAUGUGACUCGUAGACGUGACACUCAGACCGUGGUGCUUCACCACCAGGCCAAGUCAUCACAAGGAAUACUGCUCUAUUCCUCGCUGUAGUAAGUCACUGUACAGUAUUUAAAUAUACUUUUAUUUAAAGUAGUGUCAAGUUGACAGAUCUUAGAUUCUAAAACCGUAGUUUUCCGUUGCUGAUGUUUGUGAAAUUUUCCACCAACAAUGAGACUUAAACUGUAAAUGUUGUGUUGUGUUCAGGUGCUGCUAUUUAAAGUCUCCUUUUUGUUCCCUCAACAAUUCUCCAUGUCAGCCUCUAAGCCUCCAUCCGUCGUUCCAGAGGUCGAGUGUUUCACAGGUACAGGCAAAGCGUACAGAGGAACAAUCUCUGUGACCAAGUCUGGGAAAACCUGCUGUAGGUGGUCAAGUCUGUUGUACCGAAACAGCUAUACUCCAGACAACUACCCCUGCAAUGACCUACCUGUCGUAACCCUGGUGGGACAGACAGGCCCUGGUGUUACUUCACUGUCGUUUACAAGGAGCACUGUGCUGUGCCAAGAUGUGUGAAUGCAUCCAGAUCAGUUACCGUAAACCAGGCAAAUACUUUCUGGGUCAGAGCACGAUUCCAGUAAAGGGCAUUUUGAGAAAACACAAAAGGCUGUCAGUCACUGUAGGAGCUUCACCACAGCACAAAGCUGUCUGCAAGUGUGCAGACUUGAUGCUUCUCCCCAUCACAGCAUUGUAUGAUGUGAAGCAUGACGUUGGCACUAGAGGGGUGCUGGUGGCUGCAGGGAGCCUAGCAGGCUUUCCUGGUUUUAACAGACUGUACUUAGUAGAAACUCUGUGCCUUAUAGAGGAGUGUAUGCGCUGCAACGGUGACGACUACAGAGGAAAAAUCUCCAUCACUGACAACAGCCUCACCUGCCAACACUGGGACUCCCAGACACCUCAUAAGCAUGACUACACCCCCAGCGCUCAUCUAAACAAGCAUCUGGAAGAAAAAGAGCAAACACCCAGAGAAGCCUCUGGAAGUAACUACUGCAGGAACCUGGGUGGAGAGCCCCGGCCUUGGUGCUUCACCACCAAACCAUCCAAGCGAUGGGACUACUGCGCUGUACCUCUCUGCUUAAAUCCCACCAUUGUGUCAGACCUGACCUGUGCCAAUGGUAAUGACGAAGCACACAGUACAGAGGCCCAGUUUCUUGGAUGUGGUCUGGAAACACUUGCUAGAGUUGGUCAUCUCAGACGCUACAAUGGAUCACCAGCAACUACCCUGACAGGUGGUUCCACCGUUCACUCACAGCUGACGUGUGCUUUCGGUGCUGGCAAAGGAUACAGAGGCACGAUUGCUGUAACCUGGUCUGGAAAAAAAUGUCAGAGGUGGUCGGAUCAGUGCCCACACCAACACGACAACAGUCCACAGGAAAAACCCAACAGCGGCCUUGAAAGCAACUACUGCCGUAACCCUGAUGGUGAGCCGAGGCCCUGGUGUUACACCACUGAUCCCAACACUCGCUGGGAGUACUGCCUGGUACCAAGAUGUAUAGAGCUGAAGUGCGUAUUUGGUGAUGGCGGAUCGUACAGAGGCAAGACUGCUAAGACUUGGUCCGGAAAAAGAUGUCAGAGUUGGUCGGUUCAGAGCCCACACGAACACAGUCGCACCCCACAGAACUACCCUAAAAGUGAACUUGAAAGCAACUAUUGUCGCAACCCUGACCGUGAGGCGUGGCCCUGGUGUUACACUACUGAUGACAACACUCGCUGGGAGUACUGCAUUGUGCCGGAAUGUUGGACUUCACCUACACCAGAGCUGUACUGCACAACUGGUGAUGGCAGCGCAUACAGAGGCAGCAUUUCUGAGACUUGGACCGGAAGAAGCUGUCAGAGUUGGUCGGUUCAGAGCCCACACGAACACAGUCGCACCCCACAGAACUACCCUACAAGUGGCCUUAAAAGCAACUAUUGUCGUAACCCUGACGGUGAGGCGUGGCCCUGGUGUUACACUACUGAUGACAACAGUCGCUGGGAGUACUGCAAUGUGCCAAUGUGUGGGACUGCUUCUGCACCAGAGCUGACCUGCGCAUCUGGUAAUGGUGAAGCGUACAGAGGAACGCUUUCCAAAACCCUGUCUGGGAAAACAUGCCAGAAGUGGUCGGAUCAGGCUCCACACUCUCCGAAUUAUACUCCACAGAAGAACCCCAGAGGAGGCCUGGUAGGCAACUUCUGUCGUAACCCUAAUGGUAACUGGUGGCCCUGGUGUUACACCACUGACCCAAACACUCGCUGGGAGUUCUGCAAUGUGGCGAGAUGUGGGAAAUGA